AGAUGAGAAUGGAAUGGCAGAACACACAAAAAAAAAAAAAAACAUUCAUGCAGACCACAUUACAGUCUAUCAAACAACUGUCACCCAACUCCACGCGUCACCCCCUUCGUUCCCUCAAAUUCACUACUCAUCAACUCAUCCCCUAACUCUUCGAUCUCGGUGACAACCAAUAAAAAACAAACAAAACCAACCUCUAAAGCCAUGGCUGAGCAUCGGCAACUCCACCGAACAGAUAACAUGAAGAAUCGCUUCCAUGAAAAUGGUCCCUCCACUUCAAAAGUUCUUACAAUUGUCACCCUCCUCCCUAUCGGUGCCACCCUUCUCUUUCUAUCUGGUUUGAGCUUUAUUGGAUCCCUCACAGCCCUUGCUAUCGCGGCGCCAAUUUUCCUGAUUUUCAGCCCUGUUUUGGUCCCUGCUGCUCUUCUCAUUGCCGGUUCAGUAGCCGGGUUCUUGACAUCCGGAGCUUUUGGGAUCACCGGACUUUCAUCCUUGUCCUGGAUUGCGAAUUUUCUUCGUGGAAGGAGGGGCUUUGUGUCUCAAAAGCUGCAGAUGAAGUGGCUGACGCCGGACACGGCAGCGAAUAUGGGCCAGAAGGUCCAGAGUGGGAGCCAAGAAGGAGGAAAGAUCCGUGAGAAUCUUGGCAAGACACAAGAUGGUGGAAAUACGUCUGUGGAUUGAGGUUUUACUUUCCUCUUGUACCAGUCGGCUGAUUCAUGUAAUACUAUGUGUCUGUGUUUAACUGUUUAUGUCCUUGUGCUACUUGCUUUAAGUGGCCGUAACUUGUAAGCGGCACUCUGUUU